CCCCACCCUGCUCCCUCCGCCCACCGGAGCUCGGUAUCCCGGGACGGCCCGCAGUGGCGGCGGCGGUGGCGGCUCCGUGUGCUAGGGCCUGGCAUGGCACCGCGCUGCCCUUCGUGCGGGGAGCGUUGGCUCUGACCAGUGGAUGAGAAAGCAUCGCUUUCCUGCUGUGCUACAACAUCCCAACCCUCCCUGAUUUUGCAGAAGCAGAUGUCUGACCAUCCUUUAGGCAUGGCUCACUUGAGAGAAUUUGCCAGCCAGCACUCCAGGGUGGAUCCUGAGGAGCUGUUCACCAAACUGGAGCGGAUUGGCAAAGGAUCGUUUGGUGAAGUAUAUAAAGGGAUCGACAACCGCACCAAGGAGGUGGUUGCAAUCAAGAUCAUUGAUCUGGAGGAGGCUGAGGAUGAAAUUGAGGACAUUCAGCAGGAGAUCACUGUGCUCAGCCAGUGUGAUAGUCCCUACAUCACCCGGUACUAUGGCUCCUACUUGAAGGGCACUAAGCUGUGGAUAAUCAUGGAGUACCUAGGAGGAGGUUCAGCACUGGAUUUGCUGAAGCCGGGACCGCUGGAGGAGACUUACAUAGCUACUAUCCUGAGAGAAAUCCUAAAGGGUUUGGAUUAUCUACACUCUGAGAGGAAGAUCCACAGGGACAUCAAAGCUGCCAAUGUGCUACUUUCGGAACAAGGAGAUGUGAAACUGGCUGACUUUGGAGUGGCUGGACAGUUGACAGACACACAAAUCAAGAGAAACACCUUUGUUGGGACUCCAUUCUGGAUGGCACCAGAGGUUAUCAAACAGUCUGCUUAUGAUUUCAAGGCAGACAUCUGGUCUCUUGGAAUUACAGCCAUUGAACUAGCAAAGGGAGAGCCUCCAAAUUCUGACUUGCAUCCUAUGAGGGUUCUUUUUCUGAUCCCCAAAAAUAACCCUCCAACACUUGAGGGUCACCACAGCAAACCCUUCAAGGAGUUUGUGGAAGCCUGCCUCAAUAAGGAUCCUAGAUUUAGGCCGACAGCUAAAGAGUUGCUAAAGCACAAGUUCAUCACACGCUACACCAAGAAAACCUCAUUCCUAAUGGAGCUGAUAGAUCGAUUCAAGCGCUGGAAGUCGGAGGGCCAUGGAGAAGAUUCCAGUUCUGGCGAUUCUGAUAUUGAUGGAGACACAGAGGAUGGAGAUCAGGGUCCCAUCUGGACAUUUCCACCAACUAUUCGCCCCAACUCCUUGAGCAAGCUGCACAAAGGAAUGGCUCUUCAUGGUUCGCAGAAGCCUACUGAGCCCAUCAAGAGGCAGCCACGGUCACAGUGUCUCUCCACGCUCGUUCACCCAGUUUUUGGGGAGCUUAAAGAUAAGCACAAGCAGACUGGAGGCAAUGUGGGAGCUAUGGAGGAGCUGGAGAAUGCCUUUAGCUUGGCUGAGGAGUCCUGCCCAGGCAUCUCUGACAAACUGAUAGCACACAUGGUGGAGCGGGUACAAAGGUUUUCACACAGUCGGAACCACCUGACCUCCGCCCGCUGACACUGACAUUCCCUGCUGCUGUUUUUCCAGCUUCAUAAGAACUACGUCUUUAGUCCAGACCACCAUCUGCUGUUGGAUGUAACGUUGUGUUACGGACUCCAGGACAUUUCAGAGCCUCCACAUUACACGUGUUUCCAUGAUAACCCAGGGUGGGAUUUGCAAUGCAAGUACAAUUUAGACCUUUUGCGGAACCUGAGAUGGGAUGGUCUAAUUGUUUUUACAAUGUAAUCAAUGCAGUUUUUAAUUGUUUCCCUAUGGAUGUAUCCAUUUUGGCUUGGUUUGAUUCACAGCUUGUUAUUGGUAAAUGCCUGGCUGCUGGAAAAGAGGGAGAUUCUCUUCCAUUGAGAUAUGUUUCAAAGGCGAGUCUGAUGGGUUUAGCCUCCUGCCCUCCCUACAGAAGUGUUUGCGAGCACUGAUGUGUGAGUGCAGGUAUGUUUGGAAGCUCUCCACACAUUACAUCCUCUGGGAAAGUCAGAGGAGCUCUCCAGUUGUUCCGGAGGAUUGCUUCAAUUCCUUCACACACUACUAACGAAAAGCUUUCAAGUACAGCAGCAGCUGAGCUGAUCGGCCACUGCUCUUUCCCAGCUUGUUGUUUCACGGGAGGAUGGGUUUGCUGACUCAACUUUUUUUGGCUCUGGGACAUCAUGUUGUAUUAGGUCUUGGUUCAUCUAAUUCAGGCAACAGCAGAACUUGCCUUGGGUCUCCAGGGAGUGGAAGGCAAAGUGGGGUUACGCUUGGUUUGGGAGCUGGUGGUUUCCUUCCUUGGUGCUUCCUGUAACUGAAGCAACGGGAUAGAUAUGCAGGUUUGGCAGUCCUGGUCUCUAGGCUGAGCAGACACCUGUGUGUGCCCAAACCUUGCAGAAGGAUUAAAAAAAGGGGGCAGGGGGAACUUAAUGGCCAAAGGUGGUGAUGGGGCUUCACUUCAAAAGGCAGAUCGACAUUGCAUAGCAGCUCUCGAAGCAAGAAACCUGUCCUCUACAAAAGGAUAGCUCCCAUUGACAAGCUCUGGUGGUGUUUCUGAGCAGAGAAAUUAAAGCAUCUACUGCUGUAUUGGCUGCUUGUGGUAUUCCAGCAGAGCCACCCCCAACUAGCUUUGCUUUCCAUGUAAUACAAGUUCAUAAAGCAAAUCUUUAAUUCAGGUAAAUGCGUAAAUCUUAAAUCUGUACUUUAAAGGUCUAGAAAAAUAGACUUAAGAAAAUAACUUCUGGUAGCUGCUUGCUUAGAGAUCUGCUCUCUAAUUGUAAAGAUAUUCCUAUUACAUCAGCAAGACCUUGGAUAUCCAGAUCUUUCUGUCUGGGUGGUUAUGUGUGAAUGAUGUGGCUCACUCUAAAGCCACUGAGAACAAAAGCUGUAGCUGUUCAGCAUUUUUUUUUUUAAAGAUAGGCCACUUUGUUAGUAACAAGGCUUGAUUUUUGGUACUUUGAUUCAGACCUGUAGAUUGUAAGCGCUGGGCUAAAAGGAGCUAAAAAGGACCAUAAGUUCCCUCAUCCCGAUGUUCACUUUAGCUUAUGACUAUCCUUUACUCUCCCUCCCUGAUGGAUAAAUACAGGCUCAGCAAACACCGUGAACUUGGCCGGUAGAGAAGAGGUGCUGCUGUUUGGUCUUGCUGGAGAUCCGCUGCAGAGUGGUGUCUCUGGGGCAAGAGCUAUCUCAGCGUCUGCAUUUACGAAGAAUGGAACAAACCCAUUUUUUUCUUGGGAGAAGGAGUUAAUGUAUAGACAGAAAACCUACUGAGGUGGAAGGCAGAGGCUGCAGUCCAGCAGAAGGGCAGCUGAAGGGCUCCUGCUGCUUUUAAAGUUGCUGUUCAUGACGGUAGCAAAUCGUGUCAAUAAGGUACCUUGUAUUAUUAUUACUCACACACACUGCAGUGUAAUGAGUAAACUUUUUAAAGAAAACAAUCCCCACGAACUUCAUCCAGUAUUCAAAGCAACAAUGGUUUUAGUUUUUAAAAACAUUGAAAGGGAUCUGCCACUUUCAAUAAAGUAACAAAACAAAUGA